AUGCUUACAGUGCAAGGUUUCUACACAUUUCUGGCUGUGAUCAUAUUCACCGGCCUUGUGACGGUCCACAAAACAGCUGACUAUUGGAAGAAGACAUGCCCGUAUAACUUCUCCUUCCCACAUAACAGAAUCACACGUAGGCGUUUUGAGGAAAUCCUGUGGUCACUUCAUCUCAGCAACCCUGCUGAAGAUGAAGAAAAUGAUAAAAAGAAGAACACUGGAGGAUAUGACCGUCUCUUCAAAAUAAAGCCUCUGUACAGUGAGCUGGUGGAGGCCUGCAAAACCCACUUCCAUCCACAUAAAAACCUCUCAAUCGACGAGCGCAUGGUUGCUUCCCAAGCCAGAAUAAGCAUGAGGCAAUACAUGAAGAACAAGCCUACAAGGUGGGGGUAUAAGCUUUUUGUUCUGGCAGAUUCUUCCACAGCCUACACAUGGAACUUUUUUGUUUAUACAGGCAAGAGUAUGUCCACCACAGGUCAUGGUCUGAGUUACACAGCAGUCAUGGACCUAUUGCCUUUUGCUGUGCUCGGUAGAGGCUACACUGUGUAUACCGACAAUGUUUACACAAGCCCUACCCUGGUCCAGGAUUUGGCGAAGAAGUUCUUUGGCUGUUGUGGAACCAUCCGGAAAAAUAAUGUUUGUUUUCCUCAGACCGAGGCAAACGACCUGCCUAAGAAAGCUGAGAGAGGAGAUCUGCGUUGGAUACGGCGCAGCAACCUCCUCUUUGUGAAAUGGAUGGAUACACGGGAAGUGACCAUGUGCUCGUCGGUGCAUGAGGCCUUCACUGGACGGACGGUCACGAGGAGGGUGAAGGAGGCUGGUGUGUGGCAAUUGAAGCCUAUACCGGUCCCUGACGCUGUAGUCGACUACAACCACAACAUGCGAGGUGUGGACCUAUCGAAUGCACUGAUAGGCCCUGCACUAAAGACCAGGAAAUGGUACAAAACUUUUUUUUAUCAUUUUGUGGACAUCGCAGUGGUGAACAGCUUCCUACUACACAAAGAGCUGCUGAAGUUGUGGAACCCUACCCAGACAAAGCCGCACACCCAAAAGACCUUCAGAGAGCAGCUGCUGAAAGAGAUGUUGGAGUUUGCUGAAGGCUCAGCAGCUACUCCACCGCCUGCCUCCGCCACCACAUGCAUGCCCGCCUACUAUACAACUGAUGACUCCAGAAUUCGAAAACAUUGCAAAAGGUGCCUCAAGGCUGGGAUCCCGAGGGUGAAGACGGCCGUGUAUUGUAGAAAAUGUCAGGUCCCACUGUGUCUCACUGCAAAAAAGAACUGUUUCCAGCUCUGGCACGACGAGCAGUAG